AUGUCGCCAUCCGCAAAUCCACAGCCGAACGGACUCCCACGUCGGCUCGAUGCCGAUGACGAGGCAUCAGCCGAACCGUAUGGCCUUCCGGAUUUCAGGAGAAAGUUCAUCAGUUCUGAGCACCUGCAGCAAUUUAAAAAGGCCCUCGAUGCGCCCGAGGCGCUGUCCCUCACCGCCGUGAACGAUUGGCGACCCAUCAACCAACGAGUCCGAAGGCUUAACAAUGGCCGUAAAUCGAGACGUCGACGAAAAGACGAAACCCGAGAAGGAUUCGUUUACGCAUUGCUGAAAUGGCCGUUCCUAAUAUCUGUUCUGACGUGGAUAGCCGUGUUGAGCUUCUGUUAUCUACUCACCCGUGUCUAUAUACUCAUCUAUGAGAACCUGUUUUCCUGGAAGGGAAAAAGACGCAGACUUCGAAAGGAACUUCGAGCUACAGAGGACUAUGAAAGGUGGCGAGAUGCUGCGAAGGAAUUGGACAAGUACUUGGGAAAUGAUGCCUGGAAGGAAGACGACGAAUACGCCUAUUACAAUCAUGUAACAGUCAACGCCGUCGUUGCACAGUUGCAGGACUUGAGGAUCAGGGUCCAGAAUGCCACAAACGAAGGCCGCAGUCCGGAUCGAGCUCAUGCUAUGGAAGAGCUUCGCGCUCUGCUGGAAGCAUGCAUUAAAAAUAACUUCGCUGGCGUGGAGAACCCACGCCUAUACAGUGAAACAUACUACGGGACAAAGCACUUGGUUCAGCAAUUUAUCAACGAAGCAGAGGCAUCCCUGAAGCUUCUGAUUGAGAAUGGUGGACUAUCAAAUCAUGAUAAAGCACUUUUUUUCAAACAUCUGGACACAAAUUUUGGUCGAACGGCGUUGUGUCUAUCUGGGGGCGCCACAUUUUCCUACUACCACUUCGGCGUAGUUAGAGCCCUUCUAGAUAACGACGUGUUACCUGAUGUCAUAUCUGGCACGUCUGGAGGCGCCUUAAUUGCCGCUUUGGUUGCCACGAGAACAGAUUCUGAGCUGAAGAAGUUACUCGUUCCAGCUCUGGCACACAAGAUCAAAGCCUGUCGUGAUGGGUUCUCCACCUGGGUAAGACGAUGGUGGCUCACAGGGGCCAGGUUCGAUACCAUGGAUUGGGCAGAACAGUGUAGUUGGUUUUGCCGGGGCUCGACCACAUUUCAAGAAGCAUAUGAGAGAACAGGUCGGAUUUUAAACGUGUCUUGCGUACCGUCGGAUCCGCAUUCCCCUACCAUCCUAGCAAACUACUUGACCUCCCCCAAUUGUGUAAUCUGGAGUGCUGUUAUUGCAUCUGCAGCAGUUCCCGGAAUUUUGAACCCGGUUGUUCUCAUGAUGAAAAAACCAGAUGGCACUCUAUCGCCGUACUCCUUUGGCCACAAAUGGAAAGAUGGCAGUCUUCGUACAGAUGUACCCCUGAAAGCACUGGAUAUUCACUUCAAUGCUACAUUCCCCAUAGUUUCUCAGGUUAAUCCACAUAUCAGCCUCUUCUCAUUCAGUACCCGUGGCAGUGUUGGCCGUCCGGUAACUCACCGAAAGGGUAGAGGUUGGCGUGGUGGCUUCCUUGGCUCUGCCAUCGAACAGUUUAUCAAGCUUGACCUUACGAAAUGGCUAAAGGUUCUCAGGCGCCUUGAGCUGCUCCCUCGCCCUCUGGGUCAGGACUGGAGCGAGGUCUGGCUCCAGCGAUUUGGCGGCACCAUCACCAUAUGGCCAAAAUCAGUAUUAUCUGAUUUCUACUAUAUUCUAUCAGACCCCACCCCUGAGCGUUUGGCUCAUAUGCUACACGAAGGCCAAUCCAGUACCUUCCCAGCGCUUCAGUUCAUCAUGAAUCGAAUGAAGCUAGAGAAGGCUAUACGCGAAGGCUUCUUAAAAUAUACAUCCACUGACGGGAGCCCAGACCCGAUAGACUCUGUCCGUCGCAGGCGAGUACUUACACGAUCACAGUCAGAGCGAGCUAUCGGAGCGGUGAUUCAUGGCGAACAGACCGUCGACUUACUAAGUGAUCAUAGUGGAAAUGGGACUUAUACAUCUGACGAACAAGAAAUAACGGACGAUAAUUACGACAUGCGUCCAGAACCAAUAGGCUCCCCAUUAAAUCGCCGCAAUAGCGGUAUUUUGGAAGAGCUAAGGCGGCAAUCUGCUGUGUUCUUCGAUGACGACGAUGACGAUGAUACUGCAACUGUAAGCGAGUGA